GGCCAAAGACACCAUACAGCAAGUGGGUGCCGAUACAAAGACAAACCCACCACCAUUACUGAGACUGAGCUGAGUAAACACGAUGGCCGGCGACGCAGACAAGCCCCUAGCUGAAACCAAGAGCUAUAUGGGCAUACCAGAAGCCCAGUUCGUGGAAGAUGUAGACACGUUUAUGGCCAAGGAGGACAAUGCCAGUGCUCAGGAUGUCAUCAAGCGUCUGGAUGAACAGCUCAACAAAUACAAGUUCAUGGAGGUCCACCUUCAGGCACGGAGAAAAAAGUUAAAAUCCCAGAUACCUGAUAUUAAGAGUUCUUUACAAAUUGUGAAAGAAAUGAAGACACGAAAAGACACAUCAGAAGUAAUCGAGACUCGCUUCCUCCUGUCUGAUCAAGUGUAUAUGCAAGCUAACAUCCCACCAACUGACAGAGUGUGCCUCUGGCUUGGAGCUAAUGUGAUGCUGGAGUAUGGGCUGGAAGAUGCUGAAGGGCUUCUGUCAAAAAAUUUGGGCAAUGCCACCAAGAAUUUGACACAGGUUGAACAUGAUCUUGAUUUUUUGAGGAACCAGUGCACCACCACAGAAGUCACCAUGGCCCGUAUUUAUAAUUGGGAUGUGAAGAGAAGGCGGGCUCAGAAAGCAGCUACAGAAGACAAGUCAAAAGGACAAGGAAAAGAGGAAAAAUGAACACUAUAGGCUAGAUAUUUCGAACAAAACAAUGUGCUUUAAUAUUUUUUUGUUUAGUGCUGAUUUGUGUUAUUGCUCUAACCUGCUCCUUAACACCUCACUAUUUUUUAUAUGAUUUGGAUUGGAAAAAUUGCUAGUAUAUGAAGCAUAAAUACUCAGCAUUCUUGCAGUCUUUAUUACUGUAAGAUGUGAAUGGUUUGCUGUGAAGCUUAGAGCUUAUGUCUGAAGAUUUAUGAUAAUGUUCCUGGAUGUAACUGUAAUGUAAUCUGCACACACAAGCUCUGAAGAUGUAUGUGAAUGAAAAUGCCCAUAUUUAUUCAUAUAUUUCUCAUGGAUUGAAAGCAAUCUAAUAUUGAAAACUGAAUAUUGUUUACUGUUUUACAGAUGAUAAUCCCUACUGUUUGUUUAAUCAUUCUUCAGACUCUGUCAGACCUUUUAAAGAACAUGUCAGUUCAUCAACCACUAUAUCUUUCAUCUUAACUGUAUGUGUAUCCCAUAUUCUACUUUGGCUCACUCUGUUCUCUAUCAUACCAGUAUUUCAACCUUAGAAGUUCAUAUACCUGUUGUGUAGGAGAGCUUGGUCAACAGAUUUUCUUGGAUACAUAUUGUCCUUUCAUGCGGAGUGGGGAAUAGAUUAUAUUCAUUAUUUCAUCAAGUACUCUGUAAUUUGAUAUGGGAAAUGCUGAAGUAAGGGUACAAACUGUGGUAUAUGGUAUGUUACUUGAAAUUUUCUAUACCACUUACUAUAGCUGCAUCCUUACAUUUACUAUUACACUGUAUAUUCAAACUUAUGCAAAAAUAUAUCUUUCUGAAUUCUGACAUUGUAACAAAUGCAAGUCCCAAAUUGAAAUUAUAAUUUAGCAUAACAAAUAUUACUGCACAAUAUUUUCAAGUCAGGUCAGACUUGUGCAAUUCCAUGAUAUAAUGAGUUGAACUUCACACCAAGAAUCAUUCUCUUGUUGUGAUCAAUCAACACUUGCAUAUGUAUGAAUGGAUCACCAACUUAAGAAAAAAUUGCCUCCAACAUUAACUUCAUUGCUUUAGCACCUCACUGCUCCCAGCAUUAUGGUGUGUACCCAGACCUUCAGACUAGGGAGCACCAUCCCUGCCACACCAGGCAUGUGUUGUAAUGCUAAUUAAUUAAACCUUUGAAAGCUG